AUGGCUCCUAUAAUAGCUAAAAAGAAUGGCAAAAAGCAUGCGCUGAAUUCCAAGGAUAUCAAAACUACUAAGAAGGCAAAGGUCGUCGCGGAUCCUUCGUCUGACGAAAGUGCUGGUCAAAGCACAUCAUCCGCUGAAGACGAUGAUGAUCUUGACGACGUUCUGGACGGUGCUAUUUCAAGCGAGGAGUCUGCAGAUGAAGAUGAAUUAGAUCACAUCUCUGAUAAAGACGAAUUGGAUGAGGAAUCUGCGUCUGAAAACGGCGAAGAGGCAGAUGAUGCCGGAGAAGGUGCUGAAGAUAAAGAAGGCACUUCCAGUAGCGGCCCCGGCCAGCAUACGGAGCAAAGAAAAUUGCUAAAAGAACGUAAAAUGCAAAGGAAGUCUGGUACCGAGGUUCAGCAGAUCAAGUCCCUAUGGGAAAGAUUGCGUGUAAACAACCCACCAGUUCCUAAACCAGUGCGUGAAAAACUAGCCAACGAAGUUUGGGAACUUUCCAAGGAUUGCAUCAGCGAUUUAGUUAUGAAGCACGAUGCUUCGCGUGUUGUCCAAACUUUGGUGAAGUACUCCUCCAAAGAACGCCGCGAUCAGGUUGUCAAUGCGCUAAAGGGUAAAUACUACGUUUUAGCCACGUCGUCCUAUGGUAAGUACCUUUUGAUCAAGCUUCUACAUUACGGAUCCAAACAAUCAAGACAACUGAUCAUCGAUGAGCUGCACGGCUCCCUUAGAAAACUUAUGAGACAUCGCGAAGGUGCCUACGUCGUGGAAGAUUUGUACGUGCUAUACGCUUCUCACGAACAAAAGCAACAAAUGAUUCGUGAGUUCUGGGGUGCUGAAUAUGCUGUUUUCAGAGAUGCUCACAAAGACUUGACCCUCGAGCAAGUAUGUGAAAGUAGUGCUGAAAAGAAGAACAUCAUCACCAAAAAUUUAAUUGGAACCAUCACCGCUUCGGUAGAUAAGGGCUCGACUGGAUUUCAAAUUCUGCAUGCCGCUAUGCGUGACUACGUGCGAAUUGCUGGGGACAAGGAGAUCUCUGAAUUCAUCGAGGUACUCGAAGACAAAUUUGCCGAGCUGGUGCACACUCCAGAAGGUGCGGAGGUGGCAUGCACUUUGUUAGCCAAAGCCACAGCCAAGGAGAGAAAGUCGAUCAUUAAAAAUCUAAAAGAUCAUGCCGACAAACUGAUCAGAAAUGAGACAGGUAACACUGUGUUCGUGACUGCUCUGAUGUGCGUGGAUGACACCGUGUUGAUGUUCAAAUCUUUCGGCCCCACCAUCAAAGAAAACUUACAGAAUAUCAUUGUCGACAAGUUCGGUAGAAGACCCUUUCAAUACAUUUUGUUGGGGCUAGAUGGCAAGUACUUUUCACCUAUUGUAAAGAAAGAAUUGCAGAAAUACAUCGAGCUUUCCAAAAACACCUCCAAAAAACCAUUUGACCAGAGAAGAAAGGAACUGCUCAAUAAAUUUGCCCCCAUGUACCUGAGCACCAUUUCUAAGCACUACUCUAUCAUCUUGGAGGAAACUCUUGGAUGCCAGUUUGUCAACGAGGUUCUUGUCAAUGAUGAGCUCUUCGAAGAACUAGGUGAGCAAGACAAGCAGAGACAUCAGGAAAUCAUUGAUUCCAUUGUAACUUACUACAAAGGCGACGUUUCUGAGGAAACUCAUCCUAUUCACAGACCAUUUUCUGUCAGACUAUUGAAAUCUCUGAUCCAAGGCGGCAAAUGGAACGCCAAGGAGAAGACGGUGGAACCACUCCAAAGCGUCCAGGGCCUUGGUGCUGACUUCGCUCAAAAGUUUUACGAAGAUAUUAUCGACGAGACUAAUCUACUUGACUGGAUUAACAACGCCGACAGUUCUUUUACAAUUGUGGCACUUUACGAAUCUCUGUCCAAGUCCGGCAACAAAAAAUUCGUCAAAGAUUUGAAGAAGGUAGCCAAGAAAAUUGAUCAAAGCAAUGAGAAAAAUAAGGGUGCUCGUUUACUGGUGAAACUCAUGAACAACAAAGCCUAA